CUGUAGCACAGGUGUACUGACGCAGCCACGUGGCUGUAGCACACGUGGAGCUGUGUUACACUGACAACGCGUGAGAGCUCUUCCAGUGAUGUAAUAAAAGCAGCUCAAUGAGGAGCCGUACCUGUGUCGGGGGAGAGUGUCUCCUGCCAAUAUAGCACUGGGCAAACAAGCAUUUAUGCCAGCAAAAGUUGUAUCGCUCGGGGAGGGGUGUGUUUUCACCCACUUGAGCAACAAAAGGUGGAGAUGUCGGCGGAGGCCACGAUGACCCCGCUCCCAGCCCCCGAGGCCUGCGCCCCCAUGGUAUCCAUGCAGCACCAGCCUACAGGGGGAGCGGUGGGUGUGACCUUUGACCUAAAGCCCUUGAAUCCUAGCAGCAAGUACGUGAAGUUGAACGUGGGGGGGUCCCUGCACUACACCACAGUGCAGACCCUCACCAAGCAGGACACCAUGCUCAAGGCCAUGUUCAGCGGUAGAAUGGAGGUGCUCACUGACAGCGAAGGCUGGAUCCUGAUCGACCGCAGCGGGCGUCACUUCGGCACCAUCCUCAACUACCUGCGGGAUGGCUCGGUCUCGCUCCCAGAGUCGCAGCGGGAGCUGGAGGAGAUGCUGUCCGAGGCACGGUACUACCUCAUCCAGGGGCUGGUGGAGGACUGCCAGCUCGCCCUGCAGCAAAAGAGCGAUGGCUAUGAUCCUCUGUGUCUCAUUCCCAUGGUGACAUCCCCCAAGGAAGAGCAACAGAUCAUCUCCAGCUGCUCCAAGCCAGUGGUGAAACUGUUGCAUAACAGGAGCAACAACAAGUAUUCGUAUACCAGUAACUCGGACGAUAACCUGCUGAAGAACAUUGAGCUGUUCGACAAGCUGGCGCUGCGCUUCAACGGGCGGGUCCUCUUCAUCAAGGACGUGCUGGGGGAUGAGAUCUGCUGCUGGUCCUUCUAUGGGCAGGGCCGCAAAAUCGCCGAGGUCUGCUGCACCUCCAUCGUCUACGCCACCGAGAAGAAGCAGACCAAGGUGGAGUUCCCCGAGGCCCGGAUCUUCGAGGAGACCCUGAACAUUCUGAUCUACGAGACCCCGCGGGUCCCCGACAAGGCGCUCCUGGAAGCGACGGGCGGGGCGGCCGGAGGAGGGGGCGGCCCCCACCGGGCCGACGAGGAGGACGGGCGGGAGCACCGGGUCCGGCGCAUCCACGUCCGGCGCCACAUCAUGCAUGACGAGCGCCCCCACGGCCACCAAGCCGUCUUCAAGGACUGAGCCCGCGCCGCCCCCACGGCCCCGUCCAGGUGCCAAACGGCGGGGUGGGGGCUCCCCUUCUCUCCGCCACACCCCACUGCCUCUCUGACCUUCCUGGGGUCUCCCUUGACCCCUCUGCCUUGUGGCUUCUGACCUUUGACCCCCUUCUCCGAUUCGACUCCCCGGCAGUAGAGACCUGGGUAACCCCCUGGACUGCGCAGGGGAAAGGGACACAGGAGACCCCUCCUGCUUAAUUAAUCGCCCAGGCACCAACUCCUGUGUUUAACGAGCCUAAUUCCUUUGCUUUUGUGGGUGUGUGGACUUCCUGGUCUGUCCCCCCAUCCCGCUCCAUUCUGGACUGACACCCAUGCCACAGCUGUAGCUCUAACCCAGCCCGGCACUGCAGGUCAGGCCGGGAUCAGUCACCCACUGCCCCAGGGGGUGGGAGACAGCAGGGAGGCCAGUGCUGGCUUAUGGUGUGGUUAGGGGGUGCUGGCUGAGCAGGCAGCUGCCAGCUAGUCCAGCCCCGGGUCCCUCCCAGCUGUGGGAAGGGGGAGGGGGAGGGGCGCUGGCUGUGCGGGGAGCUCCCGGCUACUCCAGCCCCAGCCUCUCCCAGCAGGGGGUGCUGUGGGGAGUUCUGGCAGUGGGAGUUUUGCUCCCUUUGCUUUUGGGGGUGGGGGAGUGACCCCCAUUUACCAGCCUCAAAACUGUCCUUUCUUUGCCAAACUCAUGGUACGUUCCAACCUACCAGACUUCACACCCCUUUUCUACAAAUGACAUGGCAUGACCCUAAUCUUCCUACUCUGCCCCCCCCAUACAUGGUACAACCCCGCUACUGUCCUUUACCACAUACAUGGAAUUCACCUCCCCCUCCCCCCCAAAUAGAGGGUGUUCCUUACCUGUAUCGCCUAAAACACAUGGUACGCGCCAAUCUAUUGGGCCCAUCCCCUUCACCGCCCUUCUCCUACAAAUUAAAAUGGGCUAUUCCAACCUGCCUCCAAAUAAAUGUGUUAAGCCCCACCCCUCAAAAUAAAAUGGGACAUUCCAACCUCCCUGUUAAAUGGGAUGUUCCGUUACAAAACAUAGUGGGUUCCAAACCUCACCCCCCUAAAAAUACAAUGGGAUGCUCCAAUCCCCCUCCCAAAUCAAUUGGGAUGUUCCAAACCUCACCCCCUGUAGAAAACGCAAUGGGGGAGAGGCAGGGGCCCCCCCCACCCCCCCCUUAUUCCUCAUGUUUGUAUAAUUUAUUUUAACGAGGUUUUUGCUUUUCUAUUAAAUUAUUGUAAUAAAGAUUCCUGGGAAACAUC